AGAGCCCUCGCUCCAGAUAUCCUGCUGCUGCUGCUGCUGCUGCUGCACUACACGGGCUAUCUGUCAUUUCAUACAGCCUGCAUAUUCGUUUGCUUAUGGAUUAUCGCUUUUGAGCUUUAGACGCAUAUGAGGUCAUGAAUUCGGCUGAACAGACUAUCACAUGGUUAAUAACGCUGGGUGUCCUAGAAUCACCCAAAAAGACACUAUCGGACCCCGAAGGCUUUUUACAGGCAUCUCUCAGAGAUGGAGUGGUUUUGUGUAAACUGCUGGAACGACUGCGACCCGGUUCGGUUCACACGAUCUAUGAGGACCCGAGGAAAGACGAGUGUUUGAGUAAUAUCAGAGAGUUUGUGAAAGGCUGUGGAUUAUAUCACAUAGAGGUAUUUGAGGCCAAUGACUUGCUUCAGGGCCAGAACUUCUCCAAGGUCUUGAAUUGUUUGGUUGCACUCAACAAAGCAACUUCAGAGUCCGGUGGUGAGAGUAAUUCUGUGUGUUCUCGUCACUCGUCUUCUCUUCGGAUCAAGUCCUUUGACUCGAUCAACUGUUCGUUCACUCACAGGAGAUCAUCCAGACUCAAGUACAACCAGUACCGCAGUCUGGACAUGUCUGAGAACAGUGCCCCUCAGGUGCUGGUGAAAGCGCGGUUUAACUUCCAGCAGACCAAUGAGGAUGAGCUGUCCUUCAAUAAGGGUGACAUCAUCCAGGUGACACGCCAGGAAGAGGGUGGCUGGUGGGAGGGGUCUCUCAAUGGCAAAACCGGCUGGUUUCCUAGCAACUAUGUCAAAGAGAUCAAAGGCUCUGACAAACCUGUGUCACCGAAGUCUGGAACGUUGAAGAGUCCACCCAAGGGCUUUGAGACCUCUAACUUCUGCAAGACUUACUACAAUGUGGUGGUUCAGAAUAUCGUACAAACUGAGACAGAGUAUUGUAAGGAGCUGCAAACUCUCCUCUCAACGUAUCUGAGGGCAUUACAGCCCACUGACAGGCUCAGCGUGUCAGAUAUCAGUCACAUCAUGGGAAAUCUAGAGGAGAUCAGCUCAUUUCAGCAAACACUGGUGCAUUCACUGGAGGAAAGCGUCAAAGUUCCAGAGAGUCAGCAGAGGAUAGGAAGCUUCUUUCUGUCCCUCAUUCCUCAGAUGAGGAGUCUGUAUGUGACCUACUGCUCCAAUCAUCCAUCUGCGGUUAACGUUCUCACACAACACAGUGAGGAAUUAGGAGAGUUUAUGGAAAGUAAAGGUGCGAACAGCCCUGGAAUCCUCACACUCACCACGGGCCUGAGCAAACCCUUCCUGAGACUGGAAAAAUACCCUACACUACUGAAAGAGAUGGAGCGCCACAUGGAGGCGCUUCAUCCAGAUUAUCCGGACAUUCAGAAGAGCAUGACAGUAUUUAAAAAUCUCUCAGCCCAGUGUCAGGAAGUGAGGAAGAGGAAGGAACUUGAGCUGCAGAUUUUAAUGGAGUCUAUUCGGGGAUGGGAAGGGGAGGGCAUUAAGACCCUGGGCUCUGUCCUCUACAUGUCUCAAGUUCUCAUCCAGAACCACGGCGCCGAGGAGAAGAAUGAGCGAUACCUUUUGCUGUUUCCUCAUGUUCUUCUAAUGUUGUCUGCUAGUCCUCGAAUGAGUGGUUUCAUCUACCAGGGAAAGCUGCCUCUGACUGGAAUGGCUGUAAAUAAAAUAGAGGACAGUGACACCACAAAAAAUGCUUUCGAAAUAUCUGGAAAUAUGAUCGAGCGGAUCCAGGUGAUCUGUAACAACCAGCAAGAUCUACACGACUGGGUGGAUCAUCUACACCGGCAAACCAAACGCACUUCAACCAGCAGCUUGAAACCACAGAAUGUUCCCUGCCAUACGCUGCCGUCUCACCCUCUCACCCCGUCCAGACACUCAGAGAAUCGAGGUGUGAGUGGAUCUCCAGUGUACCACACUCUUCCUCACCUCUCUUCACUUGGAACCCCUCACAGCGGUAUGAUGUGGGGGCCCCUCGAACCCCCCAAAACCCAGAAGCCCUGGAGUCUCAGUUGUCUCCGACCCGCACCACCCCUAAAACCCUCAGCUGCAUUGUGUUACAAAGAGGAUCUCAGUAAAAGUCCCAAAAGUAUGAAGAAGCUUCUGCCCAAACGAAAACCUGAAAGGAAGCCAUCUGAUGAGGAAUUCGCUGUGAGAAAAAGUACUGUAGCUUUGGAGGAGGAUGCUCAGAUUCUGAAAGUGAUCGAAGCAUACUGUACAAGCGCUAAAACACGGCAAACACUAAACUCAACAUGGCAGGGCACUGAUUUGAUGCAUAAUCAUGUGCUGGCUGAUGUUGACCAAUCGUGUGUGGAUGCUGUGGGUUGCCGUAGCAGCGGAUUUCCCUCCUCUGAUCAAUCCGAAGACUCGGACUAUGACAGUAUAUGGAUAACUCACACUAACAGAAUGGGUUCUAUGUCCCGAUCAAGGAAGGAAUCAGGGCCACAUAUGCUUUUUCCUGAAGAGGAGAAAAUCAUUGUGGAAGAGACAAAGAGCAAUGGUCAAACUGUAAUCGAAGAAAGGAGUCUGGUGGAUACAGUUUAUGCCUUGAGGGAUGAGGUUCAAGAACUUAAGCAGGACAACAAGAGAAUGAAACGAACUCUUGAGGAAGAACAAAAGGCACGGAAAGAGCUGGAGAAGAUUGUCAGGAAAGUGUUAAAGAGUAUGAACGACCCGUCCUGGGACGAGACUAAUUUGUGAGCCCAUCUGUGCAUUUCUAAAUGAAAACUGCAUCUGAUAAUUGUGUGUAGUUGAGUGUAGUAUCAGUCUUAACUCCUGACCAAAAAUACUUGUAAAUAUUGUGACAAAACUGGACUCGAUCCCUGCAGUCACAGUAUUACGCCUUUUAAACCUGAUCCUUUUCAAGCCUUUUUUGUUUGUUUGUUUGUUUGUUUGCCAGUGCCAAUUAUCUAGUUCAUUUUCAGAUAUGCUGAUGAUAAAGAAAUGUAUUGAGCCUGGACAUCAUCUAUCAGAAACGUCUUGUCAGGAUCAGGUGUGGUCUGGCAAAGCUGCCAAAAUAAUUGCAGUUUGACCAUUUAGCUCACCGUCACAGAUGUCAUUGGUUCCUAGUGUAAAACUAGGAGUCUCAGGGAUGAUAGACACACUGUACCUACAAAUAUUGCCGGGCCUGCAUCACUGCCUGCAUCCUUUGACAUUUUCAAUCAUUAGCCAAUAUGUUCAAUAAGUGAUGACAUUCAAUAGGAUUUUUUCCAAUGGAAAACCUUGCAAUACAAUACUGGAGACAAUUCUGAGGGAACUAGUCUUAUUUUUAGAUUUUUUUUUUUUGGCUUGUCAUUUCAAAGUUGCUUUUACAAUAACCUCAGUUUUAAUUUCGUCCGGUUGCUCUUUUUGCACCUUGCAGCUUGUAUCUUUUUUUUACUUUUAUGAUGAUCCUCUACACUAAUUGUGCAUUCACAGACCUUUUUUGUUUUGUACAGAAAUAAUCCUUUAUUGUAUUUAAUGCUCAGAAAUGUGCCUUUUUGGUGAAAAAUGAAAAAGAUUUACAGAACUUUGUCAGCAUUUCUAGCUCUGUCAGCAUUUCAAAGAACCUUUUAAGAAAAAUGUAUGCAAGAGUGAUUUUAAAUUAACACUGAAUCUGUGGUUGGAAACUGACGGAUUGAGAGUCGUCUAUGUUGUCUGUCUAAUUUAUGUAUUUAAAUGAAAUAUUGUCUACUGCUAAAUGACUGUGUAUUGUGAAAUUUCCAGAUAACCUCAACUACUUUUUCUUCCCAAAGCACUCUCUCUAUCUUACUCUUUCUUGCUGAUUGAAUUAAAUAAAUACAAAUUCUUACUGUGA